AGAGAGAGAGAGAGAGAGCAAGAGAGAGAACGUGCAGUGUGAAACGGUACGGGAACUCAAUUUUGUCCUCAUUUACUGCGGCAAGUCCGGGCGCGUCACGCUCUUUGAGGAUUAAUCAGCGACCUUCUUCUACCAUUGCUAAGGACUACAUAAAAUCUCGCAUCAUCAAUGUUGAGGUGUUGGCACUGUGGCAGAGGAGCAAAAGGGGCCGCGGCCUCUUUGCAGACUUAUCAACCAGCGUAUCCGGCGGGAACAUUUGAAUUGAGGAUGCGCGAUUGGACGCUGCAGCAGACUUCCAGCCGAGAACAUUGAAAGUUCACGUGACGACGAUAGUAUAAUCGGCACAUUUAGUGCCAAUCAUCUGGCUUUUUUUCCACUUUUAACGGCCUUUUAACAGCCCAUUUAAUUGCUACCUCGUGAACACGGAUACUCCAGAACAAUUGCUAUAAGCAGAUUACUUCAAAAAUGGAUGUCUCCAUAUCCCUGUUAUUUAUGUUGCUGUUAAUUUUGACAGUAAUUGAUGCAAAAGCAGAAUAUCGUGUAUCGGAAACAGAUAUAAAAGUUCUUAUCAAUAGUCGAAAUCAUUUCAUUUUAUAUACUACGGAGAAAAAUAGGACAGAUGAUAAUGAAAUAUUUUUUGAGUCUCAACACGUUGACUUAGUCAGAACAGAGCCAGCUCAUUUUAUUGCUAAGAAAGAUGAAUUUAAUUGGACCAUUGAUGUACUUGGACUUAAACCUGGUUACGCUGUGAUUACAACGAAUAUAACUAAUAUUAAUCCAUUGGAUUAUUCGGAAGCAUUUGUACGUGUAACAGUUGAAAGGUCUAAUACAAUUUAUCAUAUAAGUUCAAUUGUUGGAUGGAUCUAUUUUGCAGCAUGGAGCAUAAGUUUUUAUCCCCAAAUCUACAGCAAUUACAAGAGAAAAAGUGUAGUGGGCCUCAAUUUCGACUAUAUAUCUCUCAAUUUAGUUGGAUUUAUAAUGUAUGCCGUUUUCAAUUGUGGAUUAUAUUGGAUACCAGAAAUAGAGCAAGAAUACUUUAAUCGAUACCCGAAAGGCUUAAAUCCAGUUCAAGUAAAUGACAUUUUCUUUUCAUUGCAUGCUGUGUGUGCAACGGUAUUUGGAAUAUUCCAAUGUUUUAUGUAUGAGAUUGGAUCACAAAGAGUAUCAACAACAGCUAGAAUUAUUCACGGAGUAUUUUCUAGUUUCGUGUUGUUGUCUAUAAUACUCGCGAUAUUACAUAUUAUUCAAUGGUUGGACUUCCUCUAUUAUUGUAGCUAUGUAAAACUUGCAAUUACACUCAUUAAAUACGUACCACAAGCUUUUUAUAACUACAAGAGACAAUCGACUGUUGGAUGGAGUAUAGGAAAUAUAUUUUUAGAUUUCACUGGUGGUAUUUUAUCAAUGCUUCAAAUGAUUUUAAACGCCUAUAAUUAUGAUGAUUGGGAAAGUAUUUUUGGAGAUCCAACUAAAUUUGGUCUAGGUUUUUUCUCCGUUGCGUUUGAUAUAUUUUUCCUUAUCCAACAUUAUGUUUUGUACAGGAAUCGAAACGAGUAUGAUGUAAUUCCAGGCAUUUGUAAUGAAAAUCGCCAAGAAGAUGACCAAAAUUGUAAUGUAUAAAGUAAAUUUUAAUUUAAAAAUGGAGCAAAAAAGAUUGUCUUCAUUCUUGAUAUAGAGUAUACGUAAUAUAUUGGCAUUAUGAGAUUAUGGAAUAUAUAUUUUUUUAUAAGAUAUAUUUCUAUAAUACGAUUUUACUAAAGAUAAGAAGAAAAACCAAUGAAUUUCCAAAUUAUAUGAUCACGCAUUAGUAUACUUCAUCAUUCAUAAAUAACAAACCAAACAUAUUUUGGUUCUCUGGUAUUAAAAAAGCUUCAUAAUAAAAAAAAAUAUGAUAUAAUUAUAUCAUCGCAUU